AACAUGUCCGCAGCCUCCGGCAUCGGCGUCUCGCCCGCCCUCUCCGACGCCUUCGCCGCCGCCGUCGACGAGCCGCACACCGCGCGCUUCAUCAAGGUCGCCAUCCGAAACGAAUCCCUCGUACCGGAUGGCGAACUCGCUCCUGCAGGCAGCUUCACGGACGACCUGAACAAACUGCAAUCCCUGCUGUCCGACGAUGUGCCGGCCUACGUCCUCGCGCGCCUCGACGACGGCGCGGGCUGGCUCGCGAUCUCAUAUGUGCCAGAUACCGCCGGCGUGCGCGACAAAAUGCUCUACGCCUCCACCCGCGCCUCGCUCACCAAAUCGCUCGGCGCGCCGCACUUCACCGACACCCUCUUCGCCACCUCCAAAUCGGACCUCACCCCGUCCGGCUACGCCGCGCACCUGGCGCACCUCGCCGCCCCGAAGCCGAUGACGCCACGUGAGCAAGAAGCCGCCGCGGUGCGCGCCGCCGAGCGCGCGGCGGGGCAGGACGAUUACCGCGGGAGCGGCGCACGUGUGGCGCACGUCGGCGGACAAGGCGCGGUCGGGCUCACAUGGCACCCGGACGCGGAAGGCGCCGUGCGCCGGCUCGCGGACGUCAACGCGAGCAGGAUCGUCGUCCUGACCAUCGAACCCGCGACGGAGACACUAACCCUCCAGUCGGACGUCGAAUGCCCCGUCGACCAGCUCGGCGCCGUCCUCCCCACCGACGCGCCCUGCUUCGCCUUCUUCGCCUGGGCCCACUCUGCCUCCAAGCGCGAAGUCGUCUACGUCUACUCUUGCCCAACCGGCGCGCCCGUCAAGCCGCGCAUGGUCUACUCGUCCGCCUUCCUCUCUACCUACAAUGCUGCCCGCGCGUUGCUCGGCGAAACCGUGCUGAGUGCGCGCAAAGUGCAGACGAGCGACCCGCGCGAGAUCGACGAGGCGUUUUUGCGCGCCGAGCUCGGCUUUAGUCCCGCCGCGGCUGCGCCGGUGAGCGAGAAAGCGGGCGGAGGUGCGGCAUCGAGCGAGAAAAAACCAUUUGCGAGGCCGAGCCGGCCCGGACGUCGGUGAGCGACUAGGUAUAUGCUAUGGCACCGUUGUCUAUGCUACGAACGAAAUGUGUUUUGUUAUCAAAGCCGUUGUAUAGUUCGACAUCGUUAUGUGAAGUAGCAUGUUCCGUUGAUAUCAAGUGUGAAGAGUAGGUUACAAGCGGUCGACGUCUGGUCCAAUGUGUCUUGCAGCAAAUAGGAUCCACAACCUGGCGUGCACAUUCGGGCCUGCCAAAACGCUCAAACGACAACUGUCCGUUAAUCAGGACGGCACAUCCGAGAGCGCGUAUAUCCCCGCAUCAGGCAUGCCGUACCUGGCUAAUCAACCUCCGCGUCCCAUAUCCUCACCCAACCGUCACCACCACCCGAGACAACGCGCCUUCCGUCGGGGGAGAACGCAACGGCCCUCACCCAGUCCGUGUGCGCCUCCAACGG